AUGUCUGUGGAUCCAACCCCAUGGACCGCUGAAUGUGGUACCAAAAACGGCUGCAACAUGGUAAUCGCAAGAUUCGCUUCAGCACAGUGUGAGGGUCUGGCGGGCGACGAAGGAAAGAAGGCCUUGGUCAUGUUUGGCGAUCUCACCUUUACCAGGGAUGAUAGCCUUCCAAAAAGCAUCUCGGACUGCUGGGACAAGGGCGACAUGAUCCGUCCGUUCCAGUCCAAACUGCACAAGUCAACGCUAUUCUUGUGUAGGCCACCUUAUGACAUCAAGAACAUCAGUCUGGUGCGAAAUGGAACCAAGAUUAUUGAGACCGCCGACCUGGAGGAACCAGAAGCGCAAAGAACUUUGAGUACGAUCAAGCCUCUGGACCUCCUGUCGACUCUUCUGAAGAGCUUUGAGACAAACCAUCUCGAGUUGGCCUACAGAAUGCACGGACACGUGAUAGAGGUUGGGGGUAGUAACAUUAGCGUGGACAAGGUGAUGGGGACCCUCCUACUAUAUCGGCAUGGUCUCCAUCAGAGCCAAAAAGCUCUCGAGUUAUACGAUGGUCAUGUUAUUAAGCGAGCGGCAGCAGAGUUCUAUCGGCAAUUUGGCGCCAUGCUGGGCAAGUUAUUGCUUCUGGAGCCCGCCUCGAUAAGCUCUUUUUGGUCUCUCUCCAUCAAUGACGACCAUCUGGUUAUUCGGGCAUGGGCUGCACAUUGGAUGACUGGCUUGACUGCGACCUGCAUUGCGUUGUGCGCUGUGCUCAUUUUUCUUCUCCCUAAAGGAAGAAUACUGCCUUGCAACCCAACAAGUCUUGCCGGGAUGGCAGCACUCGUCUCUCACAGUCAGGACUUGGUUGAGAGACUGAAGUUCUCCGCGGCAGCAAGGGACAAAGCACUUGAGCGUCGUCUCCACGACACAUCGUUCAAGCCGGUGGUGAUUGACGGUGCUGGAUCAGGCUGUGAGAGGUUCGUCAUUCCGGUGGGGCAUCUUGGUGAUCCGGAUAAGAUAGGGGAGGUGGCAGAGGCGAUCAAGUAUCAGUAUGGGAUUAUCCAGGCGCAAUACUUGGCGGUGCAGCUUGUUCCGGCUGGUGAGACAAACGUGACGCUGUCGGGGGGUGGAUGGGGACGCAGUGGGUUGGGAUGGGGGGGAACGGGAGAGGGUGCUGGGGAAGGAUAUGAGGUUUUGGUUGGGGUGGGGGGGUGUGGUUGA